AUGCUGAGAUCAGUGUUUACUAAACAAUCUCUGCGUGCAUACUCAACAAAAACUCAUGAUCUAGUGAUCAUCGGUGGUGGGCCAGCAGGCUACGUCGCCGCCAUUAAAGCAGCUCAGUUAGGGUUCGAUACUGCCUGUAUCGAAAAACGUGGGAAACUAGGUGGUACAUGUCUAAACGUCGGUUGUAUCCCAUCAAAGGCAUUACUAAAUAACUCGUUGUUCUACCAUCAGAUUCUAACGGACUCGAAGAAUAGAGGUGUCGAUGUCGACCCAAAAGCCGUAGGUUUAAACUUUAAAAAUUUCAUGGCAGCCAAGGAAAAAGUGGUUAAUCAGUUGACUGGUGGUGUAGAAAUGCUAUUUAAGAAGAAUAAAGUCACUUAUUACAAAGGUGAAGGUGCAUUUAACUCAGAAACUGAAGUCCUAGUGAAACCUGUCGAAGGCUUAAAAGAUACUGUUUCUGAAGAGGUUAUGUUAAAGGCUAAGAAUAUCUUGAUUGCUACAGGGUCCGAAGUCUCUCCAUUCCCAGGGAUCACAAUCGAUGAAGAACGUAUUGUCUCCUCGACAGGUUGUCUCUCAUUGAAGGAAGUUCCAAAGAGAUUAGCCAUUAUUGGUGGUGGUAUUAUUGGUCUAGAAAUGGGUUCUGUUUAUAAUAGACUAGGUUCAAAUGUCACAGUAUUAGAAUAUCAACCAAAGAUUGGUGCCUCUAUGGAUGAUGAAGUUGCCACCACUACACAGAAAUUAUUAAAAAAACAAGGUAUUAAGUUCAAAUUACAAACAAAAGUCAUGUCUGCUACAAGAAAUGGCGAUAUAGUUAACAUUGAAAUGGAAAACGCCAAGACAGGGGAAAAAGAAUCUCUGGAGGCAGAUGUCCUAUUGGUAGCAGUUGGAAGAAGACCAUACGUUCAAGGGUUAAACGCUGAAAAGAUCGGUCUAGAGGUUGAUAAGAAAGGAAGAUUGGUCAUUGACGAUAAAUAUAGUACUAAGCAUCCUAAUAUUAAAGUUAUCGGUGAUGUUACUUUCGGUCCUAUGUUGGCCCACAAAGCAGAAGAAGAAGGUAUCGCUGCAGUAGAGAUCAUUAAGACUGGUUACGGCCAUGUUAACUAUAACAAUAUCCCAUCUGUGAUGUAUUCUCACCCAGAAGUCGCUUGGGCCGGGAAGACAGAACAAGAAUUGAAGGCUGAUGGCAUAGAAUAUAAAGUUGGUAAAUUCCCAUUCAUUGCCAAUUCAAGAGCUAAGACCAACCAAGAUACUGACGGGUUUGUUAAGAUCUUGAUCGAUGCUAAGACUGAAAGAUUAUUGGGGGCACACAUUAUUGGUCCAAACGCCGGUGAAAUGAUCGCUGAAGCUGGGUUGGCUCUAGAGUAUGGUGCAUCUGCUGAAGAUAUUGCUAGAGUUUGCCAUGCUCAUCCAACGUUAUCUGAAGCAUUUAAAGAAGCUAAUAUGGCUGCCUUCGAUAAACCAAUUAACUUCUAA